AACGGAUGCAGAUGCAACUGGUCAUUUCUCAUGCUGCCCCGACGAGAUCUCCAUAACGACGUGGAAGGGUUGGAUGUGCCGAUCGAGCUGCUUCCUCGGUAUGUGGUCGUGCUGGCGCUGUCGGCGGGGAUGACUCUAAUGACAUGCACCACGGUCUUCAAGUGGGACAACGUCAAACGAGACGCCGGCCACGGAACCAUGUUUAUGGUGUUUCUCUGUUGGUUCUUCUGGUCCAUGACGGCAUUGCUCCGCACAUUCGUCGUGUUUGAGACCGGUCAAGUAGACACUCUCGGAAACGCGUCCAUCCGCCGCAUUUCUUUCCUCUCUGAAGUGUUCUUCAAUGCGAUCUCGAUGUGGUUCAUGGUGGCGUCGUACGAGUUUCAGCGUCGCGCGCUCCACCCUCGUACCCCUCGAAGCCACCACCAGUGCCUCAUAUGGUACAUGCUCAUGAUCGGAGGCCUCUCCCUCACCAUGCUUGUUGCGUUGGUCGUCGUCGACUACACUGGCAACCGUCUCCACAAUCAAAGAACUGGGCAACUGGAACCAGUUUCGGCCCACCUCCUGUCGAAGCUCUCGUGGGGCACGUGGGCAUUACGGUGGCUUGCAAUCGUGUACCCUGCUCUAACGGCGUUCUGGCUGAACCGCCGUCGCGAUCGCCUCCAGGUCGAGGGCCUACCCAGGGCACUGACCCUCAUCGUGCUCAGUUUCUUCGCCUUGAACUUGCCAUACCUCAUGAUAGACACACUCGUCGAGCUUGACGUGCUUGACAUGGACACCGACAUGGGCUUGAAGAUCCGUGGAUUGUCCAAGACGAUUAGCUACCUCAGCGGCGUCGCGAUUUCGCUUGUCAUGGGAUUCUCUGUCCGAGGCUUCGACAAGUUUUACCUUCCCGCGCCCCGGCCGUCCUCUUCGUGCAUGCCGUUCGGCCGACGGCCGACCGCCGCUGGCGGCAGUCAGCACUCGUUCUUUGUCAUGUCCAAUAGCUCCGUGUAAUAUACUAGUCGAUCGAAUCUUUUC